GCCCGCAGCAGCGCCUGUCCGCGGCGCCUCGGAGGAGGGGGAGGGGAGCGGCCCUUUAGCCUAGCUCGCCCCCGCACCGGAGGCGACCACCCGGGUUGGAGCGGCGUGGGGCGCGCGUCGCGCCGGACGCAGCGCGUGAGAGCGUGCGCCUGCGCGUGGGCGACAGGGAAAAGGCGAGCACGCCCCCGCCCCCGGCUGCGGUCGCCCAGCUUGUGGCGGUCUCUUUCCUCCGUCCGGGCGUGGACUGAAGAACGCCCUCUCUCUGGUCUCCUCCCGCUCACCCCCUCAGGAAGGAGGCGCCCCAGAGUCUCCACUUCAGCCCGAAGAACCCUGAGGGGCAGCGGAGCCUGCAGCAGGGGAGCGGCUGAGGAGCGCGAGCGUGGGGGCUAGAGUUUCCCGUGUCCCGCCCCCGCCGCCGUCUUUCCCUGCCUCGCUGGGCGAAGCUGGCAGCGGAGCGGGGUCCCGUGGCCCUGAGCGCCUCUGGCUUCUGAGCUGCCCUUGCGGCUGCCGCUGCAAGUUGCCUCUCGGACACCCCGGCCGCCGAAGUCCGCAGUGCUCCGAAGACAAGUACGUGACAAGUGCCUACCAGUGGAUGGUGCCCUUCCUGCAUCGCUGUGAGAAGCACUCUCCUGGCGCGGCCAGUGAGCUGCUACGAGAGUACUUAGUGACCUUGGCUAAGGGAGACUUGAGGCUUCCCCUGAAGAUAUUUCAGCAUUCCAAGCCAGAUCUCCAACAAAAAAUUAUCCCCGAUCAGGACCAGCUGAUGGCCACGGUGCUUGAGUGCAUCUACAGCUGCGGGCCCAGCAACCAGCUCCCCCUCUGCUAUGGCAUCCUGGAUUGCCUUCCACAGAGAGGGCCUGGCCCUGCUCCUUUUUUACUCCCUGAUGGCCUGGUUUGCUUGGUGAAUAGACAGAUAAGCUGGCAUUUGGUCCUUGCAAGCAACGGGAAGCUGCUGGCUGCUGUUCAGGACCAGUGUGUGGAGAUCAGGUCUGCAAAAGAUGAUUUUACGUCUGUUAUUGGGAAAUGUCAAGUUCCGAAAGACCCCAAGCCCCAGUGGAGACGGGUGGCGUGGAGCUAUGAUUGUACGCUGCUGGCCUACGCAGAGAGCAUGGGCACUGUGCGGGUGUUCGACCUCAUGGGAAGCGAGCUGUUUGUCAUUGCCCCGGCAUCGAGUUUUGCUGGUGAUUUGAGCUGUGCCAUCCCCGGGUUGAUAUUUUUAGAAUACAAAGCCAGUGCGCAGUGGUUAGCAGAACUCUUGGUCAUCAAUUACCGAGGAGAACUCAGAAGUUACCUUGUCAGUGUUGAAACAAAUCAGAGCUACCAAGAGAGUCACAGUUUCAGCUUCAGUAGUCAUUAUCCUCAUGGAAUCAGUACUGCGAUUUACCACCCUGCUCACAGUUUCCUGGGACGUCUGAAGACAGAAAGGCUGUGCAAGGGACCAGGUGGGCUGGGGACUUCAAGUGCCGUGGGGAAACUGAUCCCGCUAGAGCAAAGUCUCCGUGACCAGAUUCUGCCCAAAGGUUUAGCCGAGGAAUUCUGGGAUAUCACAACUCAAGAGGCACCCAUGCAGGACCCAAGGCUCUUGCCAAAUCCCAGCAGUGGUGACGAUCAGAUCCCUAUUAGACCCUACGAGAUCCUGUGCUUCUUUGCACUCAUGAAGAUGGAUGGUUAUAGACUGUGGGUUCCAGAGCCCUGGACAUGUGUGCUUUGGGGUGAGGAGUGGUUAAUAUGCAAAUUUCAUUGGUAAAUAAUUUUAAACUUUAAGCACAUGCAGAAUUUUAUGUAGCAGAAUUCAGACAUUAAACACCUUUUCUCAGAUAAAACAGACAUUUGAAAGAAACUUUCUCCUGGUCCUCAGACCUAGCUUCCCAUGGAGGCAUCUUGAUAACAAGUUGGAGAACCACGUCAAGUGGCAGCUAUGAUGUGGCCAAGAUCAGUGGUCCCACAGCUGUCUUUGGGGAUGCAGACAGGGAAACUGCCCAUCAUCAAGGGCUUUAUCACCCAGUCAGUGCUUGUCCCACAAACACAGCAUGCUUCCAGUUCUGCUCAUUUCAAAAGCUGCCGGGUUCGGGACCCCACUCCUUCUACGUGUGAGGUUCUCCUCCUGUUCCCUCAUCUUCCCUGGUCUCAAAAGCAGCUCAGGACAUCCCCCACUUUUUCUCCUUUGCCCACAGGAUCCAGUCUUUACAUCCCAAUCACCUCCUCUGCAGUCAACAAUCCCCCAAGGCCGCCUCUCCCCCCAGAGGGCCAACCAUUGUCUUCCAUCACCUAGACUAGAACAAUGGCCUCCAAGCACCCCUCUCCUGCUUUCCCCACCUCGAUACCCCUGCUGUCUCACCCAAGCCAUGCACAUCCAUGCCUGUUUGAGAUCGCUGGCUCCGCCCAAACCGAGCUUCACAAAAGGGCCUUUGUAUGUGGUGUGAAAGAGCAGUUCCAGCCUCCUCCCCGAGGGCUCUUCUAUGGUUCUUAUUCCACCUUGUCCUUCUCCAACCACUCUGCCUCCCGGGGCCCCCAGUUUACACCACAUUCCUCUGCCUAGAAUGAAUCUCACACUUUCUCUGUCUGAUGAGAUCCUCUAUUCCCCAAAGCCCACUUUAAAUAUCACCAACAAGGAAACCACCUGUGCACCUCCUGGGUGAUGUGACCUCUUUCUUUCCCUCUUGGCCUCAAGACCACAUGUCUCGUACCCGCCUAUCUUACUGCCCUUUGCCACCAUGUCCCGGGGGCUUGAUUAUUCACAAACAAGGGUCACUGCCACAUACUGUUUUAAGACCAGAGUCUAACCCUUCAUAGUUCUUUGAAUGCAAGUACGAAUGAAUGAUAUAUAGCUUUUCUGCUCAGCCUUCUGUUUAAUGUCAUACAGGAGUCUUAUCUGGGGAGACAUGGAGUGAGGGACCAUUAACCCCCUUUUCUGCGAUGGGAAAGCCCACACCUUUGUUCAGGGGAAUAUUGAGAACCUCUGUCCUGCAUGGAGCCCUGGGUUUGGCCUCUGGAUUUUUACAUCCAAAUGGCAGCACCAGUGGUGGGAUAGGCAUCAGAUACAUUUCUGGGCAAGAAUUCAAGACAGGACAAGACAGAUAUCUUUAGUCUCACUAAAAUUAAGUUUUUAUAGUUUGGAAAUGCUGUGAAUAGAUUCCCUGCAUGUGAGAGCACAGAGCUAGACAUCCAAGUGACCGUGGUGAGAAUUGUGUGUGCUGGUAUCUUUUAGGUCUCUGAUACUCAUAUCAACACAAUCAAAUGUCAUCUUCCAUGGGAAUACAGACAUAUCUGGUGUGUGUCCUGUCCUCUUACCCAAACUGUAGUGUGAGCAUACUUUUCCCUACACUGGGUUAACUUGAAAACUUAAUGCUGACCUUUACGUAUGGGAGAAUUUUAAUAAAUACUUAAUGAUCAAGAAGAGCCCACUGUAGACAUGGACACCUAUAUAUAAAUCAUUUUUCUCAUACUUUGCCUACAGCGCUCACUUAAAAAGUAGAAAGAGAUGCAGCCAAUCAGAUUUUGCAAACAAGGUAGUGCUCUAUGCCUGUGUGGAUCCCCAAAUGGAUUUUGCUUUUGGCCCUGCCAGAGGCAGGGGGUAGAUUAGUUAACUCCUGCAGGGAUCUUGUAGUGCUGUGCUUUCCCUGGACAUUUUCUCCCUGGGAGAAUCUGUGUACUGGACGAUGGGACCAAAUGCAGAGGCAUCACUGUGGAUUGCACCUGGCAUCAAGGACCCACUCUGGUGAAUCUUAAGUAUGCUAAUACGGAUAAUUUAAACCUUAUAAAUAGCUCUCCAUUGUGUGCUUCUUGCCCAAGGGGGUCUUUUGGUUGCAGUGCGGUACAAUCUUCCGUUUGCAACUUAAAAAGGGAAACAGAAUAUGAGAAGUAUAAAAUUUUAUGUGGCAUUUUCUCUGGUAAGUUGUACCCUUUGAAAGAGCCGGUAGUAAGUCAGGGGAGACAGAGCUGUAAAGGAGGCACCCUGAGGUCGUUCCAGCUCUCGGUGGGGUCACCCUUAUUAAAUGGGGGAAGGGGUGGUAGAUUAAAAAAUCAAAAAUUCCAAGUUCUUUCACCCGAGAUGGGAAGCCUGCUUGUGCCAUGAUAGUCACAUUAAAUCUGCACUGAUCAGCCAGCAAAAUUUGGUGGAUGACACUACAGAAUCAAUGAGCUGGGCAAAAACAUAACAUGCUGCCCUCUUUAUCACCUAGAAGCAAGCAGAAACAUAAUUGGGCUUUCAGACCCAGCUUAAUAAUCAUUCGCUCAUCGCUUGUUAUCUUUUUAAGUAUAUGUCUUCAUUACGUUCUGUACCAAGUGCCCAAAUUAUGAGAGAGGUUAUGCAGGUUUAGAAUUUUCCUUAAAGGUAUAGUGCUUGCUACAGAAGUUUCACACCCAAAAGUCCUGGGUCCUGUGAUCAACAACCUUGGAGAGCCUUUUCCCAUAAAUUCAGGAAGGCAUCUGUCUGGACAUCACACUAUUACCAAAUUCAGAAAUUUUUAGGAGAAAAAUUUGAGCAGUUUACUAUAGAUAUACAUAUGUGCAUAUUUUUUUUGAGAAAAGCAUUCACUAUGUCUUCUAGGCUGGCCUUGAACUCACUGUGUAAUCCAGGCUCUUAAACUCACAGUGAUCUUCCUGCCUCAGCCUCCUGAGUAUUGGGAUUACACAUGUAUCACCAUGCCCAGGAACUUACUGCAUUUUUAAUUGGAAAUUCACUUCAUGUUUAUCAGAAAAUAAAAAUCUACAAGAAUUUUUGUUGAAAUAUGAACAGGAAGGCAGAACAGCAGUGUUUAAAAUUAUAGGUUCUACACUCAGACUCUGUUCAUUUAAACCAAGACUGAUUCACGAAGGAUGUGGCCACCGGUUCUCUGAGCCUCAGCCUCCCUGUCUGUAAAAUGAGAUCAUAGUACCAACCUUCUAGAGUGCUUGAGAAAAUCAAAUGGAUAAAAGUAAUUAGAGUUCUUCACCACAGCAAGCUUUUGCUCCAUAUUUGAUAUUAUUAUUUUAAAUACAUGAGGUUAGUGGGCUCAGGAGGUUAACUCCCAAACCAGUGGUUUAUUGGUCUUAAAUUCCUAGAGAAUUGACAAAGUAUUAAACAAACCUCCAUACAGAGGACUCAAAUGAAAAGAAUACCAUUGCUUCUAAAAUUAAUUUAAAUGUCCUGAGAAUACAUCAUUUCUCUGAACUUAAUGUUUUUAAACAAAUAUGUAUACAUGUAUUUAAUUCAUCAGUUUUGCCAAAAAUCAUGUAUACGGUGUGACUUCUUUGUCCUUGUGAUCACUGUGAGAGGAACCCUGGGAAAAUUGUCACCCUCUCUGAGGUGGGUGUGGCUUCGCAUCUUUGAUGCAGCCCAGUGACCAACUGGCAGCCAAUUUGGAAGCCCAGAGUUGCUUCUCUUUCCUGGGCUUUGACUCAGCUUUAAAUGGGCAGACUCAACUCUGAAGUGUGGCUGAAAAAUACGUGAACUCUUGAAUGUUUAAAAAUGCAUUGCAGUAAAAGACACAGUGUCACAUUAAUCAGCCUCAAAAUCCCCCCUCACUUCCAACAUGCUGGUCCCAUCAUCCUUGCCGCUGUCCAAAGCAGUUCUGGAAGUGCUCUUUCUUUUGGGCUUUUCGUCACACUGCUGUGGCUGUCUCCCAGCCCUGGGUAAAUUACAAACAUUUACCUUUCAGUUUCACUUUGGUUUUGGGGAAGACCCACAAGUCAUGAGGUGCAGAUCCAGUGAAUCAGGUGGACAAGGAUGCACGUCGUAAUGUUUUCACAAGCGUGCCUUCCCGUUGAUGACGCUGGGUAACAGCAUGCACUGUUUUUUUUUUUUUUUUUUU